GGGAUACUAGGAUGAUGUAGCCUAUGAGGAAAGGACAUACGAAGGUGGGAUGUUUGCCAGUGUUGAACUCUCUGGAAAGCCCUUUGACGAGGCUUUACGUGAAGCAGUGCUGAAACUUCUUAAAUAUGUUGGAGGAAGCAAUAAUCAAGGAGCUGGCAUGGGGAUGAUGGCUCCAGUAUGUAGCACGGUCUUUCCUGCAGAGGACGGAUCAUUGCAGCCCAAGGUGAAAGUUCUGCUACGAAUUCCAAGCCAGUUCCAGGACAACCCUCCUUCACCAAGUGAUGAGAGCAUCCGGGUUGAGAAAAGGGAAGAAAUGGUUGUUUAUUCUACGCUGUUUGGAGGCUAUGCCAAAGAAGCAGACUAUGUGAAUUAUGCAGCCAAGCUAACCUCUGCUUUAGGAAAUGAGGCAUCCUUCCACAAAGACUUCUAUUUUUGCAAUGGUUACGAUCCCCCCAUGAAACCCUAUGGGCGGCGCAAUGAAGUUUGGCUGUUGAAAAAAGCGACCAAUUAAAAAAGCUGGAAAGAACUCUAGGAAAAUAUCCACAAGUGCCAUGGAAAUCUAUGAAAGUGAAAACAAGAAAACUAAGACGGCUUGCUUUUGAGAUCCAUUCAGCAUUUCUUUUUCUUUUUAAUGAACAUAUAUUCAUAAAAUUCUUUUGUAUUUGCCAUUAAUUUCAUAAGGCAUAAAUUAUAUUUCUUGAGAUGAUUUUUCUUCUCCACAGAAUAGGAAGAAUAAAGUAUCUUCUACAAAGAAGAAUAUUUUUAAACUGCAUUAAGUGAGCCAUAAGAAAUAGUUUUUUAUUGCACCACAACAAAUGAACAGACCAAUUAUUGAAUUCUGGGAAAACCAAAUAUUAAUUCAAAUAAAUCAUAUUAUCUCUUU